AUGGCGAAGGCGAAUUAUAGAAACGGUCCUGAAAUAGGAACGGUUUGUUUUUACAAGGAUACAUGUGGUACGGCUGUAAAACAUUUGGUUGUUUCAAGUGAAGACAAAAUGAAUAGGAAAGUUUAUACACUUAAGAAUUUAUAUACUCUAGGAAGGUAUAGUAACGAGUGUGGUCAUAUUAUCGUGGAUCGGACGUGUCAGGUAAUUGUGAUUCAUUUUUGGUCAGAUCAUGAGCUAGAUUUUGAUAGUUUACAAUGUUUCGCGGAGACGUGUCAAGUAGAAAAGGAUCCACGGGUUAUAACUAUAAAAAUGAUUGCUUUAUUUGGCGUUAUCUAUUCAAAAUAUUUGAUUAAAGAAAUAUCAGGAUUGGUCUAUGGUCAACGCUAUAAAGUGAAAAUAUGCAAAGCUGGAACCAUGUCAUUGUCUCGUCUAGACACGCACUCUUACACAAGAUACCAAUGA